AUGGGGAAAUUAACGAAUCGAGGAAGGGCUGACGCCUACGAUGAGUACGAUGCAAGGAAAUUGGGUGAACCAAUUAAACCAGUGGAAGAUAAGUGGAAGCUUGUUCCAGCGUUCUUGAAGGUGAAGGGGCUGGUAAAACAACAUGUCGACUCUUUUAAUUACUUUGUUAAUGUUGAAAUUAAAAAGAUAGUUCAAGCCAAUGAGAGAGUACUGACAGAUGUUGAUCCCACAUUCUAUCUGAAAUACACCAAUGUUACUGUGGGUAUGCCAAAUGUUGAGGAAGGAUAUGAUACGGUAAAGUCUACAACACCUCAUGAAUGUCGUCUUCGGGAUCUAAACUACUCAGCCCCCAUUACUGUAGAUGUUGAGUACACUAGAGGAACCCAGCGAGUCAUUGCUAAGGAUUUGACAAUUGGGAGGAUGCCUAUCAUGUUGCGAAGUUCACAUUGUGUGUUAUCUGGUAAAUCUGAACAUGAACUAGCUAAAAUGAAUGAAUGUCCGCAUGACCCUGGUGGCUAUUUCAUUGUAAGAGGUCAAGAAAGAGUUAUUCUGAUUCAAGAACAGCUGUCACGUAACCGCAUGAUUGUUGAGGAUGAUAGGAAAGGAGGCAUUCAGUGUCAGGUGACAAGUUCCACUCAUGAUAAGAAAUCUCGUACCAAUAUCAUUGCUAAAAAUGGUAAAUACUACAUGAAACACAACACUUUCCAGGAUGAUCUACCUGUUGUGAUUGUUUUUAAAGCUAUGGGUAUAGUGAGUGAUCAAGAAAUUGCUCAAAUGAUUGGAACAGAAGAAGAUGCUCUUGAACGGUUUUCCCCAUCCAUUGAAGAAUGUCUCAAAAAUAAUAUCUUCACUCAAAUUCAAGCUUUAAAGUUUCUGGGAGCCAAGUUGCGUCAGAAACGCUAUUACUCUGCAGCAUCAAAGGCAAAGUCCCCUGCGGAUGAAGUCCGAGAGCUUCUUGCUACAACUAUUUUAGCUCAUGUUCCGGUGAAAAGCUUUAAUUUCAAAAUGAAAGCAACGUAUAUGGCUCUCAUGGUCAGAAGGGUAAUUCAAGCCCAGCAAAAUUCAAAACUAGUUGAUGACAGGGAUUACUAUGGAAAUAAAAGAUUAGAGCUUGCUGGGUCUUUGCUAUCACUUAUGUUUGAAGACUUAUUCAAACGUUUCAAUUUUGAAUUAAAGUCCAUUGCUGAUAAGAACAUUCCAAAAGUGAAAGCAGCUGUGUUUGACAUUGUGAAACAUAUGAGGCAAGACUUAAUAUCGAACGGACUAGCACAUGCUAUUUCUACUGGAAAUUGGACCAUCAAGAGAUUUAAGAUGGAACGUCAAGGAGUGACUCAAGUCCUUUCUAGGCUUUCAUACAUAUCAGCACUUGGAAUGAUGACAAGAGUAAAUUCUCAGUUUGAAAAGUCCCGUAAAGUGUCUGGUCCAAGAUCAUUGCAGCCUAGCCAGUGGGGCAUGCUAUGUCCGUCUGAUACGCCCGAAGGUGAGGCCUGUGGGUUAGUGAAAAAUUUAGCACUAAUGACUCACAUCACUACUGAGGUCGAAGAAGGGCCCAUUAUUCGUCUUGCAUACAAUGUGGGAGUUGAAGAUAUUAGUCUGUUGGGUGGUGAUGAAAUCAAUGGUCCUCAGGUGUACAUGGUCUUUUUGAAUGGUAAUAUUCUGGGGGUAUGUAGAGACUAUAUAAGGCUGGUUCGAGUCUUCCGCAUGAUGCGGCGUGGAGGUCACAUCAGUGGCUUUAUAUCUAUUUAUCCUCAACACCAGCACUCCUGUGUAUACAUAAGCUCUGAUGGAGGGAGACUUUGCAGGCCUUACAUAAUUGUAGAAAAUGGUAGACCAUUAGUUACCCAGCGUCAUAUAGAUGAGCUUGUUCAGGGCUUGAGGAAUUUUGAAGAUUUUCUUAAUGAAGGUCUCAUUGAAUACUUGGAUGUGAAUGAAGAAAAUGACAGUUACAUAUCUUUGACUGAGGAGCAAAUAGAGCCAAAUGUCUCCACUCAUCUUGAAAUAGAACCAUUUACCCUGUUAGGUGUGUGUGCUGGAUUAGUUCCUUAUCCACAUCACAAUCAAAGUCCCAGAAAUACCUAUCAAUGUGCUAUGGGUAAACAGGCUAUGGGUACGAUUGGAUACAAUCAGCGUAAUAGAAUAGACACUUUACUAUACAAUUUAGUUUAUCCUCAAGCCCCAAUGGUAAAAUCAAGAACUAUUGAGUUAACCAAUUUUGACAAGCUGCCAGCUGGCCAAAAUGCUACUGUGGCUGUGAUGAGCUAUUCAGGGUAUGACAUAGAAGAUGCACUUAUAUUGAAUAAAGCUUCAAUUGACAGAGGUUAUGGGAGAUGUCUGGUUUAUAGAAAUGCCAAAUGCAUCAUGAAGCGUUAUCCUAAUAGAACUUUUGAUAGAAUUUUGGGCCCCUUGGUAGAUGCCGAUUCAAAGAAACCUAUUUGGAGGCACGACAUUUUAGAUGUUGAUGGUAUAGCAUCACCAGGAGAGAUGGUCCAAGACAGACAGGUCAUGGUCAACAAAUCGAUGCCAGUUGCAAGCAUGGGACCAGGGGAACAAGCUCAACCUGAGUACAGGGAUGUUCCAGUGCAGUACAAAGGAACAGUGCCCUCCUAUGUAGAAAAAGUAAUGGUAUCCUCAAAUAAUGAAGAAUCCUUUUUGAUAAAGCUCUUGUUAAGACAGACCAGGAGACCUGAAAUAGGUGAUAAAUUUAGUAGCCGGCAUGGCCAAAAAGGAGUUACAGGACUGAUUGUUGAGCAGGAAGACAUGCCUUUCAAUGAUCUUGGUAUCUGCCCUGAUAUGAUCAUGAACCCUCAUGGUUUUCCAUCUCGUAUGACGGUGGGCAAAUUAAUUGAAUUGCUUGCUGGAAAGGCUGGCUUGAUGGAGGGGAAGUUUCACUAUGGUACAGCCUUUGGUGGGUCUAAAGUAAAAGACGUAUGUGAAGAACUUGUCAGACAUGGCUUCAACUUCCAAGGAAAGGACUUCUUCUACUCUGGAAUAACUGGAGAGCCACUGCAGGCUUAUAUUUACUCUGGCCCUGUUUAUUAUCAAAAGCUGAAACACAUGGUUCAGGACAAAAUGCACGCUCGUGCUCGUGGCCCCAGAGCUGUGCUUACCCGCCAACCCACGGAAGGCCGAAGCCGUGAAGGAGGUUUGCGGCUUGGAGAGAUGGAACGAGAUUGUUUAAUUGGUUAUGGUGCAAGUAUGAUGCUGGUGGAGAGGCUGAUGGUGUCCAGUGAUGCCUUCAAGGUUGAUGUAUGCAAUAUUUGUGGCUUACUAGCGUACUCUGGCUGGUGUCACAGCUGUCAGAGUUCUGCUUCAGUAUCCACUAUCAAUAUACCCUAUGCAUGCAAACUGCUGUUCCAAGAGCUCCAGUCCAUGAAUAUUACUCCAAGACUUACUCUGACAAACUACUGUGAAUGAAUGUGACUUCAACUUAUCGGAAAUUAAUUUGUUAUUUUUUUGAUUUUGGUUCGGGCAUGGAGCUGGUCUGCUGCCUGUCAUAUUGAAAGUGUGGUUUUAGAAAAGUUAAAGUUCAAUUUGUAAAUACAAAUACUGUUAAAUAUAAUUUAA